AGGAAAGAUCUGUAGUCUGUAGAAGGAUGAGCACCAAACAAACCUUACGGCCAUUCAAGGCAUAGCCGGAGAGAGAGAUUUAUUAGAUUUUGGUUAUUAUUAUGCGGCGCUUUUUGGGAAUGCGGCAAGUUUGUGUCGUGCGCGCAGCCAGCUGAGUAGCGUCUUCUACUGUCUAAAGCGAGAGCGAGCAGGUAGAGCUCAUCUAUCAUAAUCGCCCCUCCCCCUUCUGAUCCCAAAAAGAGAAGGGAGGAGGGGGGACACUGGGCACUGGGAACUUGGAGAUCGCACAAGGAUGAGCGUGGCUUUGGGUUUUCCUCCCGCUUCCUCCAUCCUUACCCCUUCUGCUGCUGCAGCUGCUGCUGCUGCUGCUCCUUUUCCUCAUAAAUCGUCGCCUCCUCCUCCUCCUCCUCCUCCUCCCAGGCCGCGGGUUAGAUCCCUUCGCCGAAUCCUCCUCUCCACGAGACGACCAGGAAAUUGCAGGGCCAGUCAGACUGCUAACUUGUUCCCAUCAUUGUGCCCCGAGGUGAUUGUUCGAGAUGCACGACUGGAGGACUGUUGGGAAGUAGCUGAUACCCACUGUAGCUCAUUUUUUCCAGAUUACACUUUUCCGGUGGAUCUAGUUCUGAGGAUUGAUCGUUUUGUGGCUUUGCUCUCUGGGUUUUCGGUGCCUCCUGGUUGCAUGAGGACUUGUCUUGUUGCUAUUACUGGUGGUUCAGUUAGCAAUGAUCUUUAUAUUGGAUGUGAAGAUGUCAGAAUCGGAGGUUUUGAAACAAAAUUCAGUCUUAGCAAAGGAACAGUGGCUGGAAUCUUGACAGUGGAUACGGUGGCUGAUUUUCUUCCUAGAAAAGGGCCACUUCGUCAAAGAAGAACCGGUAUAGCAUAUAUAUCAAAUGUGGCAGUCCGGGAGGCGGAUAGACAAAAGGGGAUCGCUAAGAUGCUCAUUGCCGAGGCAGAAGCACGAGCUCUGAGCUGGGGCUGCCGUUCUGUGGCAUUGCAUUGUGAUAUGAACAACCUAGCUGCAAUGAGAUUAUACAAAGGUCAGGGCUAUAAAUGUAUUCGUGUGCCAGAAAAUGCAAAAUGGCCCCAACCCAAGACUUCACCUGGGAUCCACUUCAACUUUAUGAUGAAACUACUCAGCAGUAAUUGAUUCAGAUGUUCUGCUUUAAACAAAUUUCUUAUUUGUUUGCAUAGCUCCGGGCUACUACUUUCAUGGAGGUAUGCAUAGUUGUGUUGUAUAGGGAUGGAAUGGGUUGAACUGGUAAGGUCUUAGUUUAUGUUGGUGGAACUGUAAUUAUUGUUGCAUAUAGUGCUCCUCACACAUUGUGAAAGAGACAUGGAGAGCUAGAUGUAAAAUUAUGGUCGAAAUCGACGAGUGACAGGUUCAGUAGACAAGAUUAAACAUUGGAUUUGUCUAUUACUCCUUGGCACAGUGAAACUGAGACUUCUACAAGAGAAUUGGCUUGAUGAGUUCCAAAGCCUGUUAGUUGUGUCUCAGCUGAGGAAAGAAGAAAAAAGAAAUGAAAAAAACAAUCCCUGUACUUAUUUAAAGUUUGUGUACUUUGGCAUCGUGUUGUUCGACUCUUCCUUCAUCUUUCUAUGUUAUGCUUUAUUAGUGCCA